UCUGCCUGCUCCGCUGUUUUUGGGGAGGGUGAGCAGGAGAAAAAAGGGGGGGCUAAAGAAACCCCCACCAAACUGCCCCUACCCCCAGUCGAAGUCCGGGACCUGAAAGAAAAGAAUCCGAUCCAGCUCUGGGACGCGGUGGACCGACUAUCCACCGACAUUUGAAGCUCGUUUUAAAGCGAGUUUCUGGAGUUUCGUGCGCUCUUGGAGAGUUUACGCACGGACGCCGUCGACAUGGCACGGAUAACUGUUUUCUCCGGUUGAAAACUUCGCGUGUCCAAGGUGUUAUUUGGAAUUUUUCCCCUUCUGUUUUACAUGGAUGCAAUAUAGGACGCGUUUAAGGGGAAUUAUAUGGUCGCACCGCUUCUGCAUCGAUCCGAAAUAAAGUUACUUGGACGCGCGUGGAACUAUUAGUGCCAAACAUCCAGUGUGCCGACCCUUCGUCUCCAGCCUGUGGGGCCGCGGCUCUCCAGACAGGUCAGAGGUCAUCUACGACAUGAUGCCAGCCAGCCACCUGCCAAUCCUGCUCUCCCUGAGCGCACUGCUGCUGUCUCCGCUGCUCACCGGCUCCUUGGCCUUAUCUUCACCCAGGUUCACAAAGGUACCUGUUGACAUGAUCGGUGUCUCCGGAGGUGUUGUAUCCUUUGUAUGCCAAGCCACAGGUGACCCCAAGCCAAGUGUAACCUGGAAUAAGAAAGGAAAGAGGGUGAACUCUCAACGCAUCGAGACAAUAGAGUUUGAUGAAGGUGCGGGGGCAGUCCUAAGGAUCCAGCCUCUCCGGGCGCCUCGAGACGAGAACAUCUAUGAGUGUGUGGCGGAGAACAGCGAAGGCGAAAUCAGUGUCCAAGCUAAGCUGUCAAUUAUCAGAGAGGACCUGCUUCCUGCUGGCUUCCCCAAUAUUGACAUGGGCCCACAACUGAAGGUGGUAGAGCGCACGCGCACGGCUACCAUGCUUUGUGCUGCCAGUGGUAACCCUGACCCGGAAAUCACCUGGUUCAAAGACUUCCUUCCCAUCGACCCCAGCACAAGUAACGGCCGAAUCAAACAGCUCAGAUCAGAAGCGAUUGAGAGUACUCCCAUCCGAGGUGCUCUGCAGAUAGAAAACACUGAGGAAACCGACCAGGGGAAGUACGAGUGUGUGGCGUCUAAUGUGGAAGGCGUCCGAUACUCUUCCUCUGCCAACCUGUAUGUGAGAGAGCUUCGAGAAGUUCGUCGCGUGCCCCCACGUUUCUCCAUCAUGCCCCCCACCGCGCAAGAGAUCAUGCCAGGGGGUAGCGUUAACAUCACUUGCGUCGCCGUCGGCUCGCCCAUGCCCUACGUCAAGUGGAUGCUUAACUCUGAGGACCUGACACCCGAGGAUGAGAUGCCAGUGGGUAGGAACGUUCUGGAGUUAAACGCCGUCCGUGAGUCGGCCAACUACACCUGCGUGGCCAUGAGCAGUCUGGGCAUCAUCGAAGCUAAUUCCCAGAUCAUUGUCAAAUCCUUGCCGAAACCUCCAGGUACUCCUGUUGUAACCGAAACUACCGCCACCAGUAUCACCAUCACCUGGGACAGUGGCAACCCUGAGCCCGUCUCCCAUUACAUCAUCCAGUAUCGUGCCAAAUCUCCCGAGAGCAAGUUCGAGACCGUGGACUCCAUCACCACCACUCGCUACAGCAUUGGAGGACUUUCUCCGAACACCGAUUACGAGAUCCGGGUGUCAGCUUACAACACCAUUGGCCAAGGCCCACCCAGUGAACCGGUUGAGGCUAGGACUGGGGAGCAAGCUCCCGCCAGCCCACCACGCAAUAUCCAGGCCCGUAUCAUCUCCCAGAACACCAUGAUGGUACGCUGGGAUGAACCCGAGGAGCCCAAUGGACAGAUCAAGGGUUAUCGGGUCUACUACACCAUGGACCCAUCUCAGCCCAUGAGCAUGUGGCACAUCCACAAUGUACAGGACAGCGUGAUCACCACCAUUCAGAGUCUGGUUGCCACUGAGACCUACACCAUCAGAGUUCUGGCCUUCACAUCCGUAGGAGACGGACCCUUCUCAGAUCCCAUUCACGUUAAAGUGCUUCAAGGAGUCCCUGGACAACCGACCAACUUCCAGGUUGGUGAGGUGUCAGACACGAGUGUUGAGCUAACAUGGGAACCUGCCUUCGAGAAAGAGGGAAUCAUCAGUUACGAACUGCAUUACAGAGAGGGCGGGCAAGAAUCUCAGGUAAAGAAAACAUUCGGCCCAACCUCUUCAUAUGUGGUGGAGGGUCUACGUGCAAAUACAGAGUACUUCUUCUCUCUGGCUGCCGUCUCCAGCAAAGGCAUUGGAGCCUUCACCAACGAAAUAUCCCAAAGGACGUCCCAAGCCAAGCCCUCCGCCCCCCCUCAAGACAUUAAGUGCUCCAGCCCCAGCUCCACCACCCUGCUGGUAAGUUGGCACCCUCCGCCGGCCGAGAGCCAAAAUGGGGCACUGGCCGGGUACAUAGUGCGCUACGCAGUGGUGGGGGCCGGGGCCAGCACAGAGCCCUUGGAGGAGCCAUCGGUGCCACCCACAUCCAGUACGAUCUUGCUGCAACGGCUGGAGAAAUGGACCUUGUACCAAGUCACUGUGGCAGCCUCCACCAGCGUGGGUCCGGGUCCCGCGAGCGAGCCGCUGCUCUGCCACACGGACGAGGACGUGCCCGGGGCCCCCCCUCGCCGCGUGGAGGUCGAGGUGCUCAACUCCACCGCCAUCAAGGUGAUGUGGCGCUCCCUGUUGCCAGGGAAACAGCACGGGCAGAUCCGCGGGUACCAGGUGCACUACGUCCGUGUCGAGAAUGGCGAAUCUCGCGGCCUGCCCCUCAUCAAGGACAUCAUGCUCGCCGAUGCACAGUGGGAAAUGGACGACACAGCUGAAUACGAGAUGGUCAUCGGGGGCCUGCAGCCUGACACCACGUACUCCAUCACCGUGGCAGCCUACACCACCAAAGGAGACGGAGCCCGCAGCAAACCCAAGCUGGUGGUGACUAAAGGAGCAGUGCCAGGGCCUCCCUUUCUCUCCGUCAAUCAAAACUCAGAGACUACUGCAUUAGUACGCUGGCAACCCCCUGAAUUCGUCGCUCCAGGUCUCGAGGUGCAGGGCUAUCGGCUACAGUUCGGCCGAAAGGACGUGAGCCCCCUGGCCACGCUGGAGUUCAGCCCUCAGGAGCUGGAAUAUUCCAUUAGCAAUAUCCACCGAGGGGCAACAUACAUCUUCAAAGUGUCCGCCAAGUCCAGAUCAGGAUUUGGCGAAGAGGCUACCCAAGACCUAAAAGUCCCAGAAGAGGUUCCUCGAGGGUAUCCUCAAAUAAUUGAAGGGUCUAACAUUACCUGCUGCUCGCUCCAAUUUGCCUGGUUGCCUCCGGUACUGGCAGAGCGCAAUGGCGCUAUAACAGAAUACACAGUGGCUUACCAGGAAGCCGGAACGGCCGGUGGACCCAAAGAACUGCGUCUGCCAGCAAGCGAGAACAGCUACACCCUCAACAGCCUGAGGCCCAACGCAGUGUACGAUGUGAAAAUUCGAGCACACACCAGUGUAGGUCCAGGGCCCUACAGCCCACCGAUCCAGUAUCGAACAGUGGCCUAUGAAGCAGAUGUUCCUAAGAACUUCACCGUGAAGCUGGUCACCAAAACUACGGUACUGCUGACCUGGAAGUUUUUCGAUAGCCGCUUCCCAUACCGCUGUAUGAUUGAGUACAACCGGCAAAAGGUUGACAUUGAUGCUAGGAUGACCAAAGCUCUCAUCACCAACUUGCGACCCAACAGCACCUACGAGUUCAGAAUCACCUGCCAGGAAAGCAGCGAUGGUGGACCCAAACACAAGCUCAUCGCACGAACAGCACCACCUAUUCUGGUCCGAAAGCCAGAGUUUGACCUGAAAAGAGAGCCAGACAGUACGCUGACCAUUGUCUUCCCACCGCUGGAAUCCAAAGAGUUGAUAAAGACAGUCUAUGUUGUGGUGGUUCCUCUGAAGAAGGGAAGAGGUCCGAUCCGACACAUCAAGAGCCCAGAUGAACUGGACCUAGAAGAGCUGUUGGGCGACAGAAGACUCGGUCAACGUCAUGCUCGAACCACACGUCAGCUCAAGCAGGUGGACGGGACGCGGCCCUACAUCACUGCCAGCUUCAAGCCCUCAUCCAUGCCGCCGUCCUUCACCUUGGGCAACCAGAUGGUGUACAGCGGCUUUGAAAACAGGGCUCUGGACCCCGGGCAGGAAUACGUGUUCUUUAUCCUCGCCGAGCUCAACACCACUGGAGGGAAAUCGUUUGCGUCCAGUCCCUACACGGAUCCAGUCACGGCUCCUGACGUUGACCCUCAGCCCAUAGAGACGGGAGGGGAUGGACUCAUCUGGGUGGUGGGGCCCGUUCUCGCUGUGGUCUUCAUAAUCUGUAUUGUGAUCGCGAUUCUCCUCUACAAGAACAGCAAGCCUGACAGCAGCAAACGUAAAGAGUCAGAGCCACGGACGAAAUGUCAUCUGAACAACGCUGAUAUCACCCCUCACCAUCCCACAGACCCGGUGGAGAUGAGACGAAUCAACUUCCAAACCCCAGAUUCGGGUCUAAGCAGUCCUGUCAGUGAAGCCGGUUUUGACUAUGAAAGUAUGAUGAACCACCCUCCGAUACCCAUCUCUGAGCUAGCCGAGCACACAGAGCUACUGAAGGCCAACGACAACCUGAAGCUCUCCCAGGAGUAUGAGUCCAUCGAUCCAGGUCAGCAGUUCACCUGGGAUCAUUCCAACCUGGAGGUCAACAAACCCAAGAACCGCUACGCCAACGUCAUCGCCUACGACCACUCCCGCGUAAUCCUGGCACCCAUCGAAGGUAUCACAGGCAGUGACUACAUCAAUUCUAACUACAUUGACGGCUACAGGAAGCAGAAUGCAUACAUAGCUACACAGGGGCCAUUGCCGGAGACCUUCGGAGACUUCUGGAGAAUGGUGUGGGAACAACGAGCCACCACUGUGGUCAUGAUGACUAGACUAGAAGAGAAGUCAAGGAUAAAGUGCGACCAGUACUGGCCAAGUAGAGGGACGGAGACCUAUGGUAUGAUCCAAGUGACACUCCUGGACACCAUCGAACUCGCCACUUUCUGUGUGCGCACCUUCUCUCUACACAAGAAUGGUUCCAGUGAAAAGCGAGAGGUUCGACAGUUCCAGUUCACCGCCUGGCCGGACCACGGCGUUCCCGAGUACCCCACUCCAUUCCUGGCCUUUCUCAGGAGGGUGAAGACCUGCAAUCCACCUGACGCCGGCCCCAUCAUCGCCCAUUGCAGUGCUGGUGUGGGCCGCACAGGCUGCUUCAUCGUGAUUGACGCCAUGCUAGAGCGCAUCAAGCACGAGAAGACGGUGGACAUCUAUGGUCACGUGACCCUUAUGCGCUCCCAGAGGAACUACAUGGUGCAGACGGAAGACCAGUACAGCUUCAUCCACGAUGCUCUCCUGGAGGCCGUUGCCUGCGGGAACACGGAAGUGGCAGCACGAAGCCUCUUCUCCUACAUCCAGAAACAAGACAAAUUAAAAACCAGAAAGCACGUCUAA